AUGAAAGAAGGGUGUAACCAACACAAGUUCAAGUCUUUCUUGGCGCGAAUCGAGAAUAUUGAUAUAAAUGUAAGAAAACUUGGUAAACGAAAAACGGAGGAGCUGGAAUACGAGGGAGAAGUUUCCUCCUUCUUCAAAGAGUCCUUAGAGUCCUGGCGCGAGUUAAAUCUAACAGCAAACUUUUGUGCUUUCGUCCGAGAAGUUUACGCCCUAAGUGGAACGUUGGUGCAAGUCGUGCACCACGCUGAAGAGAUUGUGGUGCUCCUGAAGAAACACCUCCAGAUUGAAAAUAAUAUGGCUAUUGAGCCAUUACUAAGUUUAACAGUAAAUUUAGCCAAAGAUCUCGGAGAGGAUUUUUACCCCCAUUAUGCAAGUGUUCUUACUGUUGUGCUUCGCUUAGCGAAACAACGAGAUGCUGAUGUCCUUGAGUGGACCUUCAAUUGUGUCGCUUAUUUAUUCAAGCUGCUCGUAAAACCAAUAACGAAGGACUUGAAGACCACUCAUAAUCUACUAGCACCAUUGCUUGGCGAAGAACAUCAUGAAGUGUUUAUAAGAAAAUUCUCGGCACAGGCGUUCUCAUUCCUAUUAAGAAAAGUGAGCGGGUCUGACCUUGAGGAUUUUUUUCAGUACAUGUUUCAGUCUUUGAAAGAUCAACCGACUCAAGAGUAUUAUGAGGGGCUUAGUAUGCUAUAUCACGAGACGAUAAAGUCGGUUAAUACACGUCUUCAUUCAAAAGCCGUAACCGUGAUCCAAACAUUGUUAUCUGUGCUAUAUAAAGAGCUGGAUAUCACUAAUUAUAAAUAUAAUGAUACAUUCGAUUUCGAAUCAAACCUGUCUUUUCGCGUUCUAAAAAACACGAUAAUCUCAGUAAUUCAUCACACAUCUGCCGAGUACUUUACACCCGUAUUGGAUUGCUUUCUGGCAGAAUUGCAGACACAGGCAAAUUAUUUACGAUCAGAGAACAAUCAAGUGGACAUGGCACGAAUAAUUAUCAAUUUAUCGAUGUGUUUUGUGUGUGUUGCUACGAAGCAGGGAUCGUGCGUUUCGGAUAUAGAACGCGUCUUCUGUGUGACUCGGAACCUUGCUCCUCAUCUAAUAAUAAAGAACGUACCGGAUCAAUUGAGUGGUGCCGCGAAAACAGCUCAACAGCAAAUAAUAAAACUUAGUCUUUCUUUACUUUUGUGGGCUAAUCAAAAUGUAGUAAAAGUAGCCGGGAAGAAAUUGAUUAGUCAAAUAUUUGAGUGUAAUGAUGUUAAUGAAGUACUAUUCUUUUCUUUGGCGCUCUCAAAGCACAACUUCGAUUACUACCCGUCUCUUAUUAUCCCAAAUAUUAUUAAGUUCUGCACAAAGUACUGGCAAACUUGUCCCGAAAAAUUCAUCCUGUUUCUCUCCUACAUGAUUUCAACUGGCGGUUUCAAAAUACCAAAAAAUGGCACGACAUCACAAUUUGUGACUGGUAAAGGAUCAAUCAAAUUCCCAAUCAAUAAUGAAUUACCUACACAAUUUUUGCAAGUUCUCAGAGAAAAUUAUGAAUGGAUUGAAGAAGCAGAAUUGUCGAGUUAUUUUGAUAUAAAUAAGAGUCUCAUUCAGGUUCCGAAGAUUUGUCUUGUCGCAUCGACGUUACGAAUAAUCCCUGGACUCGAACUCGAGUUCUCUGAGACAAUCAGGACUCUCACCAGUCUGAUAAAUUCUCUAGUCAAAGCGUUGGAAGACGGCACUUCUUCAAAGUACUCUUCUUUCUCGCCAUUGAUUGAACGUCAAUUCACCCGUGGAUCACCAUUGGUGAUUUUAGAAAAUCUAUUAGGUCUUGCAAUAGAGACUUUUACUAAUGUAUGUGCACUAGCGGGUAAUCAGGGAAUUUUGACAAUGAAUAAUCUAUGGAAGACAGUUUUUUAUCGUGUGUUGAUGAAAUAUAAUCAUAAUGAAGUUAUCUUGCGAGCUGUAGAAGGAUUUUUGAGUCUUUUACGCACAAGUUCGAAAAUUUCCAGUCGUUUUUCUUGCGCAUUACUAGCUGAAAUUUACCCGAUUCUCAAAACGAGAAUCAAUUCAUUUGAACAUUAUCAUCGGCUCUAUACAUUGAAAAUCCUCAGUCUCUUUGAUCAAUAUAGUCUUAAGCCGACCGAAAAUACAAAAAAGUCAAAAGUGCAAGAAAACUCUAUUUCUGUUGAUCGACAGCCCUGCGAGAUCUUCAAAUUAGCAUUAGCAGUUGAACAAAUCGAGCCCACGAUAGACAAAUAUCGCGAAAAAAUAGUGAAGCUAAAGAUUAUGGUGAACUUGGUCACUUCUGGACGAGUCCCUGCAUUUUAUGUUGAGGUGUUACCACGUGUUUGUUUGGGAUUUUUUACUCACAACAUCAGUCCACUUUGGCCCGAAGCAAUCAAAGCACUUGUAAAAAUUUCACAUAUAUAUGAAAAAAGAAUAUGGAAUCUUUUAUAUUUAGAAUUGUCACGGUUCAAAGAUCAAGAGAAUUUCGCGUAUCAUAAAUUCUCUUCAACGGCUUUGACUUAUUAUUUCAAAGAGAAGGAGAAACAGAACAUGCCGUCGAAGGCUGUAAAGAUAAUUGGAGGAUUGUCAUUUGAAUGUCCACAUCUGAACAAAUAUAAUCAAAUAAUUAAAGACUCUGAGGCGUUCUUUUCAGCGCGAAUGAAUAAUAGAUUCUUGACGCACUUUAUCUCUCUCUGUUCACCCAGUACAGAAAGAUACGAUUAUUGGAAAUAUUAUACACUACUUAUUAAUACCUUGACUGAAGCUCCGCAUCUCGCAGAACAUGAUACCAUCAAGGUUGUGCCAUUCUUUCUGGAAUUCGCAUGUUCGGACAUGGAUACAGUAACCAACUCUCAGGAAAAUACAGAAAAUAAUCCAAUCUUUGAAAAUAUGGACAUUGACAAAGAAGAACCAAUUAAUAUAUUGCAACGGACACCUAAAACUUGUAGAAAUAAUCUAAUUGCAUUUUUACAACUAUUUACAAAAUUCAAAAAUCCGGCAAAAGCACACCAAUCAGAGGAGUUGAAAGAAGUUUUAAUGCAACUUUUGAGUAACGGCGACCCGCAAUUGCAAACACUUUCACUUAAUUGUUUAUUUGCGUGGAAAUCUCAAAAUGUAAUCCCUUAUGAAAACAAUCUCAGGAAUCUGUUGGAUGAAACUAAAUUCCGAGACGAAUUAUCUACAUUUUCUCUAAGCAAAGAUAAGAAUGGUGCUAUCAAGCGCGAGCAUCGGGAAGAGGUUAUAGAGUUGGUACUUCGAGUUCUAUAUGGACGAAUGAUUGCGCGAAGGAAUAAAGAUUCAGCCAAGGCGGGUAUGAAAACACGCAGGACAGCAGUUUUGGCGGCAUUGAACAAUUGUCAUAAAUACGAAUUGAACAUAUUAAUUGAUUUGGUUUUACAACCAUUCGCGGAAGUUCGUAAAAUUCCAGGAGUUGUUAAAAAGCAGUUUUCUUUUAUCGAGGAUUUUGAUAUCAGCAAAUUUGUAUCAUCUAAAAAGCAAAUGGGGUACCUAAAUAUGCUCGAUGACUUGCUGAGACAAUUGGGUGCACACAUAUCCCUAUUUAUACCUGAUCUUUUUAAAAUACUUUUAUAUAUAGUCCACGAUGCACAAAAGAAAUUGGCGGCUGAUAUGGAUCCGGAUCGAAUGCACAUCAUCAAUUCACUCAAAUCUAUUAGACAGCUCGGCUUUAAAAGGAUGAUUCAAUUCUUUGAACUGCCUGGAUUCUUCGAUUAUACUCCAUAUAUGAAAGCGAUGUUUGAUUCGUUCAUAUCGCCAAAGAUUCCGAAAUGGGAGAUAGAAAAUACUCAAGCACCUUCUGCACUAAUGGAGCUUUUUGCAACUUGGUCAUCUCGAAAGGAAUAUCUUGUAUUUUUUACAGAUUAUAAUAAUGAUGUUCUACCGAAACUGUUUGCUUGCCUUAGUGCAAAAAAGGUGCAACGUUCGGUAUAUUCGAUGAUUUUAGAGAUUAUCGAAAAUAUCUUAAAAAUAUGUGACAACGACGAACCUGAAGACAUAGAAAAUUUUUUAACAAAUAAAAUAUGCUAUGACAAAGGUCUCAUCGACGAACUAGCAGAUAAAAUGUGCGACGAUGCAGAUCCGGACAACACUGAAAAUUCGUUGACCAAUAAAGUAUUGAUGCCGCACGUUUCAUCACUAUUUGAUCAUCUCGAGUUUGUCAUAUCAAACUCAUCAUUACCUCAAAAAGAUAAGUUUGCAAAGCGGGAAAUCACCAUACUGUCACAUAUUGCUGGAUACGUGAAUGAUUCGGAACAAGCGAAAAGAUUAAUUGAGCUUUUGAUGCCGUAUUUACGCAAGCCAACAUGGAUUAUACAAGAAAAAACUAAAUUAGAUAUUCUCUGCAUCUUUUUGAAUAUUGGAAGCUUGAUACCUGGAUUCAUCAAAAACGGUCGAUAUUAUAAUUUUAUUUCUGAACUUCUUGGUAUUAUUGACAACAGAGAAUGUAGAAACAUGCUUGUCUUAAUCUUCAAAGAGUUUGCAAGCAGAGAACCUGAAUUAAGCCUAGCUGCAGGACUCAUCUCCGAUCUCAACAGCUAUUCAAUUAAUCAUUUAGAUACUCCAGAUUUUGACACACGUCUAAAAGCUUUCAAUCGAAUUAACUCGGAAUUAUAUGGGAAGCUUAGAGUUGUCGAGUGGACCCCGAUGCUUUAUAAUUGUCUACAUUUCGCCCAAGAUCCGGAAGAACCAUCAAUUCGGAAUAAUGCAUCAUUCACAUUGAAGCGAUUCAUAGAUCGUCUAAAUGAGAAUUUUGUAGAUGAUACUGAAAAAUCGAACUUUAAUUCAACAAUGAUUAAUAUUCUAUUUCCGGGCAUUAAGCGAGGUCUAAAAAACAAAUUCGAAAUUGUUCGCGUUGAAUUUUUAUCGAUUCUUUCACACGCCGUAAAAAAUUGCCCAAAUCUUCCACAGUUCGCAGAUAUGCAAUGUCUAUUGUUUAAUAACGAUGAGGAGGCCAAUAUAUUUAACAAUAUCUAUCAUAUUCAAAUUCAUCGUCGAAUUCGAGCUCUCACUCGAUUGGCUAAUGAAUGCGCGGCGGGGAAAUUAAACAAUACCACUCUAUCACAGAUAUUCCUGCCUUUAGUCUCGCAUUUCAUCUUCGAGGCCGAUAAAGUUACAGAUCACAAUCUUAUUAACGAAACGAUCACCACAUUGGGAACAAUUUCUUCACAAUUAUCAUGGCGAAAUUAUUAUUUGCUCUUGAAGCAAUUCUUGAAGCUGACAUCUCAUAAAAAGGAUUUGGAGAAAAUUCUUGUGCGUGUUGUCAUUUCAAUUCUGGACAAUUUUCAGUUUAAUAUUUCAUCGGCAAAAGUUACUUGUUCUCAAGUUGAAUCCGACGCGACGCCUUUAAAUGACGCAACUAGACAAAAUAAUCAAGACAUUGAUGAAAAUGAGGAGGAAAAUGGAAUGGUAAUUGAAGAAGAUAAUCAAGGAAUGACUGAAAAUUCGGUUGCUGACAAAAUACAUGACACCGUUGUCAACUUUAUUUUACCCGAAUUGAAGCAGUAUCUGACUCAGCGUGAUAGAGAAAAUAUCACGAUACGAGUACCUAUCGCUUUAGCAAUUACCAAACUCUUAAUUACUUUGCCAGAAGCUUCCUUACGUAUAAGCUUGCCUGGAUUACUUACCACCGUUUGUCAAAUUCUUCGAAGCCGUAGUCAGGACGUUCGUGAUACGACUCGAAACACACUAGUCAAGAUUUCUAACCUCCUUGGACCCAUGUAUUUUUCAUUUAUAGUCAAGGAACUAAAAGCUGCACUCACUCAAGGUUACCAAUUACACGUUCUCGGCUAUACUCUACAUUCACUCCUCCUCGAUUUAGUACCUAUACUAGAAGUAGGCGCGAUUGAUUACUGUGUCUACGAGGUUACAGAGAUAUUGAUAAAUGACGUUUUCGGCGAAGUAGGUCAAGAGAAAGAUAUUGACGAGAUUACGGGGAAGACAAAAGAAAUGAAAUCAAAAAAGAGCUUUGAUUCUUUUGAGUUGUUAGCAAAAGUUAUCGAGUUUCGAAAUAUUGACGUUCUGUUAUUGCCAUUGAAAAAUAUUAUGAGAGAAACUCAGAACGUUAAAAUUCUUAAUAAGGUGGAUGAAGUCUUGCAAAGGAUUUCUAGUGGUCUUAAUGCUAAUACGAAUAUUCCAAUCGUGGAAAUGAUGUCUUUUUGUUCUGGUCUCAUUUCCCAAAAUUUAGAAAUGUUGCAAGAUGAACGAAAAACUAAAGUAAAGAAGACCAAUCUUGAGGAAAAUUUCACUGUUCAAUUGAGACAAGAGUCAAUUGUACGAGUUCCAGUCGAUUAUCUUUUCUUCAAUGGCUGUAAAUUUGUGGAGUUUGGAUUUCGAUUAUUGUUGGUGGCUCUUAAACGUGGCAAGGUGGACACAAAAUCCGACGAACAUUUAAAACAACUGGAUAAAUUUGUGGACAUUGUCGGUGAUGCUAUUUACUCGAAACACACAAGCAUUAAUAUACUCGCAUUAAAAAUUAUGUGUGUCAUGUGUAAAUUGCCGUUACCAUCGCUUCAGGGUGCUUUUCUUGUCCUCGACACUCGAUUAGUAAAGCUCGCUAGUGAUUCUGAUGCUAGCACCGAACUUGUCCAAAAUUGUUUCCGUCUUUUGACCGUCUUAAUACGCGAUUGCCAGCAACAAUUUAACAUAAAAUUGAAUGAAUUAAAAUAUCUGGUAAAUCUUAUUCUACCGAAUAUCGAGGAACCAGAAAUGCAACCAACUCAAUUUCCUUUAAUUCGCGCUAUUAUAUCUCGAAAAUAUUUGUUGCCUGAAAUAUACGAGUUAAUCGACAAGCUAAAGGAAAUCAUGGUCACAAGUCAAAGUGCAAAUGUCCGAGAACAAUGUCGAAUAAUUUUUUUCAACUUCUUGUUGGAUUAUCCACAAAGCGAUACACGACUAAAGAAUGAAAUGAACUUUUUGGUCGCUAAUCUCGAAUAUACAUACGAGAGUGGUCGACAAUCCGUCUUGGAAAUGCUUAAUUCUAUACUCUUAAAAUUCCCUGUUGAAAUUACAAGAGAAUAUCUUCAGAGACUAUUCUUGUCCUUAUCUUUGCGAUUAGUAAAUGAUGAGGCAAAGAAAUGCAAAGAAAUGUCGGGUGAGUUAAUAAAAAUGAUGCUUCGGAUAAUGAGCGAGGAUCAACUGGAUAAGACUAUUAGACUGUUGAAUAAAUGGUUUGACCAGAAUGAUCAGCCAAAUUUCCAAAAAAUGUCAUCUCUUGUAUACGGGCUUUUGAUUGAAGAAUUCAAUCUGAAAUCAAAUCGAUAUAUACCCGAAUUACUUGUACGAUUGGCAACAAUAUUAACUGCAAGUCGAGACCGAUUAAAGGCGAUCGAAGAAUCAGAGGACGAAGAAAUAGAAAUGUUCGACUGGGAAGUUGUACAUUACUCGUUGGGCGCUUUGACAAAGAUAAUGCAAAUAUUCCCGACGCAAGUCUACACAGAGUAUUUCACUCCUUUAUGGCCAUUAGUGCAUGAACAUUUGUUACAUCCUCGCAAGUUGAUUAGACUUUCUUCAAGUCGAAUAUUCGGCAGAUAUUUUGCAAACAUUGAUCCACAAAUAUUCGAUAAAGACAAAACUUUUUCAUACGUGACACCAGCAAUUCUGAAGGAUUUGGUGGUGAUGUUUUGUGAGCAGCUCAAAAGCCAAUACCUCUCUACUGAGCUGGCUACGCAAAUAGUCAAGAACCUUUUCUUUAUAGGAAAAUGUUUCUUUUAUAUGCGUCACGCUACUACUCAAACCGAAUUGGAAGCAGAAACUGAUGUUGAAGCAGCAACUAUAAAUAUUAAUGAGGAAAAUGAAAGGAAUCAGGAAGCAAACUCUUUGAGAUGGCUUUUUAAUAAGCUCUCUUAUCAAGCGAGAUCAGCUUCCACCAAAACAUCAGAAAACAUCAUACAGUUACAAAGCGUUUUCAAAUGGUUUGCAUCAAUGGUGAUAUUCAUGCCUCCCGAAUCUCUGUUAAACCCCGACCUGGUACUUGUCAUCUCUCCGAUAUACCGUCUAAUAAACGACCAAUCGCUACACGGCGAAAAACCAGAAUCGCUACGCAACCUCGGCCAAGAAGUUCUUACGCACGUACAAAAUCACGUAGGCACAACGUUGUAUCAUAAUGCCUACAAUCAAGUUCGUAAUCGAGUCGCAGAAGUCAGAAAAGCUCGAAAAGAGCAAAAAGCUAUAAAGAAUUUGGUUGAUCCGGCAGCUGCAGCUCGUAAAAAAACUAAAAAAAGGGAAAAUGAAAAUAAAUCCAAAAAGAGACGGAAAUUGGACAAUUAUAAUAAUAAAGAAGGGAAGCAAAACUUUCUGAUCAUUCAAAAUAUUUGA